UUGAGUCUAUGGGCAGUGUUGAGUCUAUGGUGCAGUGUUGAGUCUAUGGUGCAGUGUUGAGUCUAUGGUGGAGUGUUGAGUCUAUGGUGCAGUGCUGAGUCUAUGGUGCAGUGCUGAGUCUAUGGUGCAGUGUUGAGUCUAUGGUGCAGUGUUGAGUCUAUGGUGCAGUGUUGAGUCUAUGGUGCAGUGUUGAGUCUUAUGAAGCAAUAAUCUUUAAAAUCAGAAAGUCCGGGUGGACCAUUGCAAAGCGUUCACAACACUCUCCCCUCACAGUUGCGCAUUUCUCGCUCAGCGAUGUCGCACGCCUCAGACCCUCCCAGGAUGUUCCAAAUUCUCCGCUACGCGGUGCCGCCGCCUCCGGCUCAGGAGACGCGCCUCGAAGCCUCUGGGCCGCUGCCCGAGACCUCCGCCUGCCCUGUGGUGGCCACCGGCGGUGACGGAUACGGUGACAGUGACGGUGACGGCGGCAGCGGUGACGGCCCCGGUAACGUCCCGACGCUUGUACGCAAGGUUCGGCAAAGGAGACGGAUGUCGCUGCACAGGAACGAGCGCGGCUUCCCGGCGGCGGUCUUGCCGGCGCUUGCCGCCCCCCUCGCCGCGGCGUCACGGAUGCAGCGCCGGCGUGGCGGCCGCUACCAGCCCGGACGUCCACGUGGGAACUUCUUUAGCUCCGACGUGCCGAGUCCGCCGCGCCCGGAGGCGGUGCUUGCGAAGGGCUGCUUCGCGCCGCCCACAGAGUCGCUGCGUCCGACGCUUGAGGAGCCGCGCCGUCCCCGCCUGGUGGAACAAGCAGCCGCAGCGCCGGCAGCAGCCAGCGCCGCCCCCUUGGGGGGCCCUAGGGGGGGUGGGGCUCGGGGCUCGGGGCCGGCGUCAAGGACUCGCUCCCACGACGCUUCACUCCGCUAGCCGGGCGGCUCUCGCGCUCCCCUCACCGUCUUCUGCUUUGCCGCUAGUGACGCGUUGUGAGGUGCUCGGUCUCACACUCACCUUGUUGUGAUGUUCACAGGGGGUCGACUUUGCCGCUAGUGACGCGUUGUGAGGUGCACAGUCUCACACUCUCCUUGUUGUGUUGUUCACAGAGGGUCGACUUUGCCGCUAGUGACGCGUUGU